CUUCCUACAGCGAUCGACGGGAGCGCGGGCCGAUGGGGGGCGCGGGAACAGGUGCGACUCGCUCCCCAUAAAACGCGUACCUGCGCGUUAAAACGCCUCUCGCAACGUUUGAAGUUUGGGCUGACACCGGACCUGCCUCCGAUGACAUCACCAGAGCCGCUGCUGGUCGCGACGCGCGCCUGAGAGCCUGCUGCAGAGCGAUGCGGAGCGACGCGGCGCGCGUUUACCCGCACGAGCCGUCCUCGCGCGCACCGGGCGAAUACGGCCGAGACAUGGCGGAGAGGAGCCGAGGAAAGCGGAGGAAGCAGGCGAACCCGCGGAGAAACCAAGGGGAGCUGGAGCGCUGUCUGGGCUCCGAGGGCGAGGAUGAGGGCAGUGUUUGGGGCAUGGAGGCUCUGGACGGCAGAGAUGCUCAGGAUAAAGUCAGUCUGACGCCCAGCGAGGGCACGGAGCCCGGCAGCCCUGUCCCGUGUGCGGAGAGCUGGGCCGAGACGACGCCGCUCAAGAUCCCCGCCGCUGACCCGGAGCUCUGUCAGGCCGAUGCUCGUGUGAUGGACUCUGUGUCUCAUCUGCUCAGCCCCAUUCAACAGUACAACGGAUCCGGCGGCUCGUACCACUUAGAAGCUGUUCACGGAGACAUGUCGCCCGUCUGCUGGUCACCCGGAGAACACGAGUCUCCUGAGGGCAAAGACGGCGCGAACCCCGACGGCGUCCAGAUGUGUCCGUGCUGCCAGCGGUCGUACCGGAGCGACGCGUCUCUGCAGGAGCACAUGAAGUUCUGUCAGGACCGGGACGGAGGAGACAGCUCUUGUUCUCUGUUUGAAUACAGCACGCCGUAUCGCGCUCAGAUGGAGAGACACCUGACCCUGCACCAGACUCACCACAAGAACUCCAUGUCUGAGCCCGGUCUGGAGAACAGAAAGUUCAAGUGCAAUCAGUGCGGAAAGGCCUUUAAAUACAAGCAUCACCUCAAAGAGCACCUGCGCAUUCACAGCGGUGAGAAGCCGUACGAAUGCUCGAACUGUAAGAAGCGCUUCAGUCACUCGGGCUCCUACAGCUCACACCUCAGCAGUAAGAAGUGCCUCGGCGGUGGCGGCGGGGCGACAGGAAACGGGGCUCAUUACAACGCCCAUCCGGCGUACCUCUUCCCCUCUCCCACAUCGCCCCCUGCUGUCGGCGGGAGAAAGGGCCCUCGGUACCCGCCGGAGUCACCCGUCCCCAUCCUGAGCCGCUCGUGGGACCCGGCGGAGGACCUGGCGCUGAGGGCGGGCGUGUUUAAGGGCACCACGCUCCUGCCGCUGCUGCAGUCGCGCAGCAAGUUCGAGCACCUGCUGCAGGAGAUGCUGAGGAGGGAGGUGCGAGACGAGAAACAGGCGAAGACCGAAAACUUCCCUCGGCCGUACGACGCCCAAACGUCUCCCACAGCCAAUCACGCGCCUUACAGGGAGCUGUCAUCACCGCAGCGGGCGUCUUGGCAUUCUGUGCCGCAGCAGAUCCUUGUGCCUUUACCGACUCCCUCGCCACUGGACAACCGCUGGGCGAGCGAAGAAAACGCAAGUCCGAAAAAACCCUCGUCGCCCGCCUUACCCGAACGCCAGCAUCCUAUUGGCUCGCGCUUCGGCUCUCCUCCUGGAUUGGACCUGUCAAUCAGCACGUCGCCAUGGCAACCCAGUCACAUCCAGAGCGAACCUUUAGACUUGUCUAUACCCAAAGCGCAUUCGGUCGCGCCACGGAAUCCGCUGUGUAACGGCAACGCAAUGCAUCUCGAAGGGGGUGUGUUUAAGCGGCUGACUCCGCCCUCACAGCAGCAGGUGGGAGGGGCCUAUGCGGUGUCGCCGCUGUUCGGAAGCACAGUGUUCGGCAGCUACCCGCUCUUCAAUCACAUGAUCCCCGCCGGUCUGGGACACAACGGUCUGGCAUCACUUCCUCUCACGCCACCCACACCCAGUCCCGGCUUCCUGUCUUCUGCGGCAUAUAUGGUGGAGGCGGAGCCAGAGUCGAUGCUGAAGAGAAUACAACACGAAAGACAUUCAGUCAUGGCCGAAGCCCUGAACCGCGGCGGUCUGGAGUAUCUGUCUCUGAUGGAUGAUGGGAUAGAUGGAGAGAUCGGUCCGGGGAGGAAGAGGCUGAAGAAGACGGAGGAAGGCCUGUAUGUCUGUGAUAUCUGUGACAAAACCUUCCAGAAGAGCAGCUCUCUGCUGCGUCAUAAAUAUGAGCACACAGGGAAGAGGCCUCACGAGUGUCAGAUCUGUAAGAAAGCGUUCAAACACAAGCAUCAUCUGAUUGAACACAGCCGGCUGCACUCCGGAGAGAAGCCGUAUCAGUGUGAUAAAUGUGGGAAACGCUUCUCUCACUCGGGCUCGUACUCGCAGCACAUGAACCACCGCUACGCUUUCUGCAGCCGAGACAGUGACCCGGAGCUGCCCGAGCCGCCCGCCGCUUACCUGAGCGACUCCAGCCGAGACGAGGAGGAGGACGAGGACGAGGAAGAGGACAGCGCUUACACCGGGACAGAGAGAGUCCAGGAGAAACCUGCAGGACAGCAGAGUCCUGAGCGAGAGUGAGACCGGAUCGGACCGGACCAUAACAGACCAAACCAGACCGGAUCAGAUCAGUCCAGACCAAACCAUACCGGAUCAGAUCAGACUGGACCGGAAUAGACUAGACCUUAUCAGAUCAGACCAUAACAGACCAAACCAGACCGGAUCAGAUCAGACUGGACCGGAAUAGACCAGACCGGAUCAGACCAGACCAUACCAGUCCGGAUCAGAUCAGACUGAACCGGACUGGACUAGACCAGGCCGGAUCAGAUCAGACCAAACUAGAACAGACCAAACCAGACCGGAUCAGAUUAGACCAGUCCAGACCGGACCAGAACAGACCAAACCAAACCAAACCAGACUGGAUCAGAUCGAUCAGGCCGGACCAGAACAGACCAAACUUGACCAGACCGGAUCAGAUCAAACCAGACCGGAUCAGAACAGACCAAACCAGACCAAACCAGACCAGACCUGAUCAGAUCAAACCAGACCGGAUCAGAUCAGAACAGAACAGACCAAACCAGACCAGAUCAGAUUAGACCAGUCUAGACUGGAUCAGAAGAGACCAAACCGGAUCGGAUCAGAUCAGAUCAGACCAGACCAGACCAGACCAGACCAAAGCAGAUCAGACCAGACCAGACCAGAUCAGAUCAAACCAGAACAGACCAAACCAGAUCAGAUCAGACUAAUCCAGACCGGACCAGAACAGACCAAACCAAACCAGACCGGAUCAAAUCAAUCAGACAGGACCAGAACAGACCAAACCUGACCAGACCAGACCAAACCAGACCGGAUCAGAUCAGACCAGAACAGAACAGACCAAACCAGACCAGACCAGAUCAGAUCAGACCAGACCAGAACAGACCAAACCAGACCGGAUCAGAUUAGACCAGUCUAGACCGGAGCAGAAGAGACCAAACCAGAUCAGAUCAGAUCAGACCAAACCAAACCAAACCAGAUCAGACCAGACCAGACCAGACCAGAUCAGAUCAAACCAAAACAGACCAAACCAGAUCAGAUCAGACUAAUCCAGACCGGACCAGACCACACCAGAACAAACCAAACCAAAGCAGACCAGACCGGAUCAGACCAGACUGCAGUGUUUACCAAAGAUGUGAAGCACUCUUUAGUGUUCAAAGCUGAACAAACACAGGCCAAAAAACCCAUGAGCCUCAAACACGUGUUUGUCCAAAGACUUUCUUCAUCAUCAGAAUCCAGAUCCUGAAAUCAAAGCAAACCCCCCAAAAAAAACAGCUAAAUGAAGAGAAGAAAGUUCUCAGAAAACAUGCCAGAGUCAUAUUUCACAUCAAAAUAAUAAUAAAAAAUAAACAUGAAAUUAUGCUUUCCAUUAAAACACAGUUAUGCAUGUUUUAGGACCAUUAAGAUUUAUUGCACUGCCAUUAAGUAAGCAAUAUAUAGCAUUAUGUAAAAGUCAUAAAUCUUCAGGAGACUUCAGUUUCUUUAUACAGUAUUUUAACAAUAAUCUAUCAAGACGUCAUAUUUCCCACCAAAAUAAAAUAAAAAAAUAAAUAUAGAAUAAUAUUUUGCAUACUGGAGGUUAUACCUGUUUUUAGAACCGUUCAGAUUUUAUGUCCGUAAAUAUGAUGAAUAUUUUUAAUACAUAACACAAUUGACAUCCUACCAAGCGUACGUCCUUGUCAUAUUUCACACCAAAAUAAUAAUAACAAUAAUUACAUUUUCUAUAAAGAAAACGAAAUAAAUUCUCAAUUAUACUAUUGCUAUUUAUUUUGGAGCGAAAUAUGACCUAGAGAUACGAAAUACUGCAUCCCUUCAGCUUUUCAGGGUUCAGGACGUGACGGAGGUCACGGAGGUCAAGCACAGAUGAACGGCUCGGACAUUUGCACAAACUCAUGUGUUCAUGAUGCGAUGCAAGCCAUUCACCAAGUGUCCUUCCCAGAAUGUGCGUGCUGCACUGAACACGAGCUGACUCUCUGUUAAACGUGAGCGCUGCACUAUUUCCCCCCGUCUUAUUUUUAUACGAAUUUUUAAAGCUUUGUUCGAAUGUUAAUACGCAAUCUUUGUAAUAAAGUGUACAUAUUUUGGAAAACAUA